AUUCUUGGCACGGGGCCAGAAAUUGUCAUCGAGAAUGCCACCCCUGGAGACGCCGGAAUAUACACGUGUGUGGUGGGGAAUAUUAUGGGGCUAAAGUCAGUUGACGUCUGGCUAACAGUAAGAGCUGCCACCACUAUAUCGUCAUCAACAAAUGAAAACACCACCACCGCCCAAAAACCACCAACCGCCACCACAUCAGAACGUCCAACUACCAAAGUUCCCGAGAGAUCAUUCUCAUUUUCAACAGAAAAGGAUCCGAUCAGCAACAGACAAAGUCUCCUCAACACUAAGGCUGAAAAUGUACAACUGCAGAAAAAGACGGUGGACAUUUUAGAAGAAUUACUUAGAAUACAAAAACGGAAAUUGAAACUUUUGCAAAACUCACUUACAUCCUAAUCCAAACUGUAUCUUCAUAUCCUUCUAUGAUCAUAUUUAAAUCCUUAAUUUUUGUGUUUUCAUUAUAUACAAACCACGAAACUAUAGUUUUAUUAUAUCAUUGACGUACAAAACUUACUAAUUAUGUACA